AUGGUCAAGCCUGUUAGACAAAGGCCGUCACGCAAGCCACUUACCACUACACAGGCCUGGACAAAAGUAGAGACCACCGCCUACCGUCUUGGCGCUGCCGAGUAUCUUGGAAACAAAGACUCCAACCUCACCGAAAAUAUCGACUCUUUCUUCUCCGGAAAGAAAUAUGCGGCCCUCAAGGCUUACGCUUGUGCGCCGUCGCGCUUGGCCAUGACCAUAUCAGAGACAUGA